GCUUCCUCCUGCAGGAAGGAAGCAAAAAAAAAAAAAAGGAAGAUCAAGCCUCCAUCCCAGCCUCACAUGCUUGCAGCACGCUGGGACAACCGGAGGUCUAAAUGUGCGCCACCCUGGUCGCCAUCCACGGUUCUUCCUUCUCCUUCCAAUGUGGACUUUGCAUGAUGCACCUUUGAGGCUUCAAGGAUGUUCCACCUCUCUGGGACUUUGCCAGCCGUCACUUGUGCGCUCCUGUUUGGAAUAACGUCCCUGGCCGUCGUCUGCGACCUCGCCGAGGGCUCCUCAGACUUCUCAGGCUACUUGUCCAAAGUGUUGAAAAACUACACCGAGCAGGCCUGUGACGGAGACCUCCUGUCUGUACGCUGCCCGCCACGCACUACCAUCACUGUCCAAUCGGCUUUUUACGGAAGAAAAGGCGUCUCGGACGUCCAUCGGUGUCCUCAGACCUACCAGGCCUUCCUGGGUUAUUUUGAUGCCCGGGAGGAUGAGUAUUGCUCCGUAUCCACUGCACUGCAGAAAAUGCUGGACGAGUGCCAAGACAGAAGGAGCUGUCAAGUUCUUGUCAACAGUCGAGUGUUUGGAAUGGACCAGUGUCCUGGCAGCAGCAAAUACCUCACAGUCUGGUACAAGUGCAGACCCAAUGAGUACAAGAGUAAAGUGGUGUGUGAGGAGGAGAGGAUGAGGCUGAGCUGCAAGCGAGGGAUGCAGAUCGCCGUUUACUCCGCCAUGUUCGGCCGAACCCAACAGGGCGCCCUUGAGUGUCCGCUGUACCACAGGAGAGCGCCGUCUGUUGAUUGCCAGUCGUCCAUUGCCCUGCAGGUUGUGACCUCCCGCUGUCAGGGAAAGAAGAGCUGUGCGGUUCGGGCAUCAUCCAGGGAAUUCGGGGAUCCCUGCUACUCUGGCACCAGAAAGUACCUGAGCGUCAUCUACACUUGUGUCCCGAAAAAGUUACUGCAGGAACAAAGCUCCAGACCACCUGUGUACUCCUCACCAAACAACGCCCAUGACCCCAACAUAGUAGGAGACAGCCCUCCUCAGGGAACCUCGGUCAAACGACCCGACACUGUUCCAGAUCGGAAGCGCACGAGAGAGACCAGCGGCAACCAGGAGAGGUAUCCAGAGGUCGAUAGGGAAGGGGGAGGAGAGACUCCGUCGUUGAGGCCCCCGGAGAUAAAUCCCAUUAUCAACUCCACCUCCGGCUCCAGCAUGGCCCUCAUUAGCAACGCGCUGGCAGCGUACACAUACGUCUCAAACCACCCAGAGAGGGCCGCCCUCUUCUUCGUCUGCGGCGUCUGUCUGGGCCUCUUCCUCACCCUCUUCGCACUGGUGGUCCAGAUCUCCUGCCGCACCGACUGCCAGCCCCGCCAGCGGCCCCCGGCCAAAAAGCGAACGCGCCCCGCGGACUCGUCCUCCGACUCCAGCGACUCGGACUCGGACUGGGACACCACGUCGGACCUGUCCGCCCGGCGGCACCGGCGCUUCGAGCGCACGCUCAACAUGAACGUGUUCACGUCGGCGGAGGAGCUGGAGCGAGCGCAGCGGCUGGAGGAGCGGGAGCGGAUCAUCAGGGAGAUCUGGAUGAACGGGCAGCCCGACGUCCCCGGGACGCGGAGUCUCAAUCGGUAUUACUGACGAAGGCUUUGGACGCAGAGCUUACUUGAGUUUUAGGGUGCUCGCCAGCACCCGCCCACCUGCAGACUUAAGGAACAAAGAAUUCCCUCCGUGGUCUUUGGUCUUCUCCUUUGGGUACCAUGAGAUAAAAACCCAUCUGCAGGAAAGUCUUCCCGCCGGUUACAAGGGGGUGAAAGGCUAAACGACCUUGCCUCUGACCUUAGGAGGGCCUUUUUUGAAGCAGGCUCUGGACCCUCAUAGGAGCCAGGCCAGGACCAUUUCUGCCUUUACCAAAAACAAAAUAUAUUUUUCUCAACCCCCACAAAAUCUAUUUUAUAAUAUUUAAUAGUUGUUUGUCCUCAUAUAUUAUGAUGAAAUAUUUUUAUACUGUCUGGCGCCUCAGGGAUGCAAUCCUCGUGUUCGGUGUUCUAAGAGCCUCAAAGAGGUUUUUAGUGAUUGAUCCUUAUUUUUGAUACAGUAUAAUGCAGUGCCUUUUCAAGCUAUAAGGUCCGAUGACUAGAAAUACCAAAUAAUUCCAAGUGUUGCCGUUUUUUUUUUUUGCAAAAGUGGGACCACUGGUCUCAUAACCAUCCAUCGGAGUUGAAAUCCUGUUGCCAUGACGAUGUAAGCUAUUUACAAUCCAGUUCUGUUUGUGCUUCCUUGGAUUCAAGUAUGGAAAUGAUCAUAUUUUUUUCUUUGGAUGUGUAUUUGUUGACUUGAUAGCACACAGGACAUAUUAGGGUCACCCACAUUGGGACAGCCUGUCUAAGCUGUAUCUUUUUUUUAAUUUUUUUUUUUUUUUUUUUAGAAUGGUUCAUGUUUUAAGGACUUUUUUUGGUUUGGAAUAUAAUGUUUUAAAAAUAACAUAUGCCUUCUGGUUUCUUCCGUUUAUAUUUGAUGACCCACUAAGCCACAGAUGCCAAACUCAAGGCCCGGGGGCCACGUCAUUUUAUUUGGCCCUUGAAAGCCUGGAAAUAAUAUGUUAUCAACUAUAAAAUUUUAAUGGGCCUGCUAUCUGUGCCCUGGACCUCUGGCCGGAAGCUGCCGUACUUAUUACAUGGUGCAGAGUGUCUAAAUCCGUGAGUUUUAGGUGUAACGAUACAAAAUGAGCCUA